AUGGCAAAAGUCCCAAGAAAUCUUCCAUGUUUGAAAAAAUCUAAAGUUGUUCCUGAGGUUGUUGAGAAAGUUGUUUCGAAGCCUGUUAAAGAGCCAUUUCACGAACCCAUUGUACAGGAUGCUCAAACGGAGGUCGUGCCAUCGAAGACUGGUGUUUUAAAGUGCACGAAGAAGCCUGCCCAUAGACCUCGACAUUCACCAUAUCUGAGGCCAAUUAUUGAAGAUGUUCCUAUGCAUAAUAUUUCUUCACCUAAGGGGUCUUUUGCAUCCAAGAUACAAAAGAUUCAAAAGCCUCAGAUUAAUCGAAAGGGGUGA